CCCGAGAUUAAGAUGUGAUAGAUAUGCAUACUUUUUAUUUCCUUUGCAUAGUUUUAAAUGUCAUUGAGUCAAACUUGAAAUCUACAGUAGAACAGUGUUUUGUUCCAUUGACUCUGCUGAGACCUGGACAUUUUUAGUGUUGUUAACCAAUUAGGAAAAUAAUCGGUUCAAUUAAAUAAUUGAGAUCUCUGGUGGAAGAAAAACCAGAAGGCCCUGUGGCUCUCCAGGACCAGGGUUGGCCACCCCUGAUAUAGAGCUUCUGAAAACCAGAGAGGAUUUCAGCACUGGGUUUUGCUGAUUACGGGGAGAUGUAUCACAACAGCUCACAAAAGAAAUUCUGGACUUUCCCAAAAGAAGACGACCUUGAAACUCUGAGGUUUCAAGCCAAUCAGAAGUUUCGCGCAAAAGUCUUAGGAAGUGGAAAGGCUGCAGUGAAUGAGUCUUUGUUUCUGGAGCCCCAUGAGGAGAAGAUUAUCUUUAAGCACUAUGAAAAGAGACUUCUGGACUUUUGUGCCAUUUUUAAGCCAGUAAUGCCAAAAUCUGUUGUGGGUACAGCAUGUAUGUAUUUUCGGAGAUUUUACCUGAAUAACUCGGUGAUGGAAUGUCAUCCCAGGAUAAUAAUGCUGACCUGCACUUUUCUGGCCUGUAAAGUAGAUGAGUUCAAUGUCUCGAGCACACAGUUUGUUGGGAAUCUCAGAGAAAGUCCCGCAGGCCAAGACAAAGCACUGGAGCAGAUCCUGGAGUAUGAAUUGCUUCUUGUUCAGCAACUGAAUUUCCACCUCGUUAUCCAUAAUCCUUACAGACCAUUUGAAGGCUUUCUUAUUGACUUGAAGACGAGGUACCCAGCGCUGGAGAACCCCGAGGUCUUGAGGAAAGCAGCGGAUGAUUUUCUAAACCGAGCAACCAUGACAGAUGCUGGUCUUCUUUUUCCACCGUCGCAAAUAGCACUGACGGCUAUUUUAAAUGGUGCAUCAAGGGCAGGGAUUAAUAUGGAAAGUUAUUUGACAGAAUGCAUGGGAUUGAAGGAUGAUAGGGAAACCCUGUCAAAGAUGAUUGAUUCAAUGAGGCGUAUAAAGAACCUGAUAAAGAAGUAUGAGCCCCCAAGAGUGGAUGAGGUUAACAUGCUUAAACAAAAGCUCGAGAGGGUUCACAGUGAAUUUGCAACAAUCAGAAACCUAAAGAGGAGGAAAGGAUAUGAAGAUGAUGAGCAUGUCACCAAAAAAUCCAAGACGGAAGAGGAGGUGUGGACAGAUGACGAUAUGGAUUCCCUUUAAUGGACGCAGCAUAAUCUGUUUAAACUAAUUCCAAUGAGUGAAAAUAACUUGUGUUGUGAUAUGUCACCUGCAUCUGUGGGCCUGAAACAAUAGCUGCUUUUAUAAAGCAAAGAAGAUGAAAGCAAACCAUUGCCAUAUUCAGUCAUGUGACUUCAUAUGUUAUGAUCAAAUGACUUUUUACUGCUGCAAGAGUAUUGCAGUAUUUUGUCAAAUACAUCAUUUAGUUGACACAUUCCCUUUAGGAAUGUGUAUUCUAUAGUUGUAUGCUAAAUGGGUCUUCAGAAGAAGUAUCCUACUUUUCUGAAUUAAAAUACCACUAUUUUUUUAUAAUAAAUAAAUAAUGUUAAA